GUUUUCGCGCGCAAAGCGAAGCUGUUUUUCACCUUUAUGUCAGCAGUCGAGACAGACUCCGAAGAAAAGAAACAGGCGGUGUGUGGGCAAGAAGACAUGCGUGGAAGAGCAUUUCCAGAAGCGCGAAUGAGCGACUUUUUAGCGGCGGGCGUUCGUCUUUCUUUUCGCGCGUGCUGCACAUUCGUCACUUCGCGCGCGUGCGCAAGCGUGUUCUGUUCGUUUCCCGUUUUUCCGACAGAAGACGCAGAGAAGUUGGUAUCGCGAGGUGAUUGUUUUUUCGCUUUCUUUCGUCUCGGAAGGAAAACAGGAACUCCUAGCUUCUUUGUCAAGCGUUUUUGCGCGUAGAAGCCCACCCUUCGGAUUUUUCCCCCUCCCCCCCCCGCAAAAGCUUUGUUCGCUACCAUUUCGGUUUCUCGCCUCUGCGUGAUUCUUUUUUCUUCCGCGCCUCCCCCUUUUCACAACCACCUAGACUCCCCUCCGGUGACUGUCGAAAAAGCGUCAGUCUCUCUCGCUUUCGCGUCCACGCCGUCGCCUCGUUUCGUGAAGAUAUUCCUCUCUUUCGCGUCGAUGCGAAUCCUUGUCCCGCUCGUUUUCCUCGCUGCGCAAAUUCCCCCCGCUUCUCUCGAGCGAGUCUCCGUUUCCGGCUUUCUUCCUCGUGCUCUUUUGUUCCGCCGGGUGCCUCUCCCCCGGCCUAUCUGCACCGCGCGUUGUCUGGAAGUUGCGCAGGCCAGACGUCCGAGAAAUCCGUUUCUGCUCCCCGUGUCUUCUUUCCUCUUGCCCGGCAGCAUGAAGGCGCUCUCCAAUAUCGUUCUGCCCAGAAAGGGGAUUUCUGUCGCGGCGCGGUCCACUGCUUCGGCGACCGCGGCGUCUCAGCCGUUGCCCAGGAACUCUCGGGCGCUCUCCAAGGCUUGCGCGCUUCCGGCCUCUCAAGCUUUCGAAGGCUCAAGACGCUCCGCCGGCGCGAAAGAGGCUCACGUCCCUGAACGACACACCCGCCUCCACUCUGCGCUCACGCAAAGUAGAAAAAUGUCGACCAGCAGGGGAAACCCUUUCGCCUACGUCGCGAAGACUCUGGCAGGCACAGAAAAGACCUACUACGACAUCGGGGCUCUGCAAGAUGACCGCCUGAAGACGCUGCCCUUCUCCAUCCGCGUGCUCUUGGAGUCGGCUGUACGCAACUGUGACGGAUUCAGCAUUAAACCGGAGGACGUACAGACUAUUCUCGACUGGCAGAAGGCGAGUCAGGCCCAAAAGGAGAUCCCCUUCAUGCCCGCGCGCGUGCUGCUUCAAGACUUCACGGGAGUGCCGGCGGUCGUGGACUUGGCUGCGAUGCGAGACGCGAUGGCGCGUCUGGGCGGUCCGCCUUCGUCGAUCAAUCCGCUGGUGGACGUGGACUUGGUGAUCGACCACUCAGUGCAGGUGGAUUUCUCGCGUUCGCCUGAGGCGUUCGAGAAGAACCUCGCGAAGGAGAUGGAGAGGAACUCCGAGAGGUUCUCUUUCCUCAAGUGGGGGUCGACGGCGUUCUCGAACAUGCUAAUUGUGCCGCCGGGCUCCGGGAUCGUCCACCAGGUGAAUCUCGAGUACCUCGCGCGCGUCGUGAUGGACAAGAAGGUCGGAGACCGCGCCGUGCUCUAUCCGGACUCGCUGGUCGGCACCGACUCGCAUACGACCAUGAUCAACGGCUUGGGCGUCGUCGCCUGGGGAGUGGGCGGCAUCGAGGCAGAGGCCGUCAUGCUCGGACAGCAAAUCUCGAUGGUUCUUCCCCAAGUCGUCGGCUUCGAACUCACGGGGCAGAUGCCGCCGUCGGUCACAGCCACUGACCUCGUCCUCACCGUCACGAACAUCCUGCGAAAGAAGGGUGUCGUCGGCAAGUUCGUCGAGUUCUAUGGCCCCGGUGUGCAGACGCUCACGCUCGCUGACCGAGCGACCGUCGCGAACAUGGCGCCCGAAUACGGAGCCACGAUGGGUUUCUUCCCCGUGGACGAGCAGACUCUGCGGUACUUGAAGCAGACGGGACGCCCGGACGAGAAGGUGGACUUGAUCGAGGCGUACACGAAGGCGAAUCACUUGUUUGCCAGUCCGAGUGUUCACGCAGAGAUUGCGUUCUCGGACCGCGUCUCGCUGAAUCUGUCGGAGCUGGAGCCGUGCGUCGCAGGCCCGAAGCGCCCGCAGGACCGAGUACCCCUAAGCGAGGUGAAGGAAGACUUCCAGGUGUCUCUGCGGAACCCAGUCGGAUUCAAAGGCUUCGGUCUCUCCGAAGAGCAAGCCGAGAAGAAGGUGGAGAUGACGUUCCGGGGAAAGAAGUACACGUUGACGCACGGAUCCGUCGUCAUUGCGGCGAUCACCAGCUGUACAAACACAUCGAACCCAGGCGUGAUUCUCGGCGCGGCGAUGCUUGCGAGAAAUGCACUCGAGAAAGGCCUCUCCGUCCCCCCCUACAUCGUCACGACUCUCUCACCUGGGUCGCGGGCGGUCACGGAGUACCUUGCCCGAUCCGGACUGCUGAAGGACCUGGAGAAACUCGGCUUCUACACUGCAGGCUACGGCUGCAUGACCUGCAUCGGCAACACUGGAGACUUUGACCCAGAAGUCUCUGCGGCGAUCUCCCAGGGUGACCUCGUCGUCGCUGCGGUGCUCUCAGGAAACAGAAACUUCGAGGGCAGAGUCCACCCUCUCACGCGCGCGAACUUCCUCGCCUCUCCCCCUCUCGUCGUCGCCUACGCUCUUGCUGGACGCGUCGACUUCGACUUCGAAGAGGAACCUCUCGGAAACGACAAAGAAGGAAACCCCGUUUUCCUCAGGGACAUCUGGCCCAGCCGCGAGCAAAUUGCAGAAGUGGAGGCGAAGGCGCUCUCUGCGUCUGCAUUUGUCAAGGUCUACGAGCACAUCACGGAAGGAACUCCCGCGUGGAAUGCGCUGAAGACAGCCAAGGCGAGCGACUUGUUUGACUGGGACGAGAAGUCGACCUACAUCCACAAUCCCCCCUUCUUCCAGACGAUGCAGAAGGAACCUGCUCCGAUCGAGGACAUUGUUGACGCGUACUGCUUGUUGAACUUGGGCGACAGCAUCACGACCGAUCACAUUUCUCCCGCGGGAAACAUCGCCGUCAACUCACCCGCGGCAAAGUACUUGCAGAGCAAGGGUGUCGAGCGAAAAGACUUCAACACCUACGGCGCCCGACGCGGCAAUGACGAGAUCAUGGUUCGCGGUACCUUCGCGAACAUUCGCCUGGUCAACAAGCUCUGCCCGAAGGACGGACCGAAGUCUGUCCACGUCCCCUCUGGAGAGGUGCUGCCUGUCUACGAUGUCGCCAUGAAAUAUAAAGCUGAGAGGAAACCGAUGAUUGUUCUCGCGGGCAAGGAGUACGGAAGCGGUAGCUCUCGAGACUGGGCAGCGAAAGGCCCGUACUUGAUGGGUGUCAAGGCGAUCAUUGCGGAGUCUUUCGAGCGCAUUCACCGCACCAACUUGGUCGGAAUGGGCAUCUUGCCUCUCCAGUUCCAGGAAGGACAGAACGCCGAGUCGUUGGGCUUGACAGGCAAGGAGCAGUUCAACAUUUCGCUUAACAAGGGAGAAAUCAUCCCAGGAUCUCUCAUGACUGUAAAGACAAGCGACGGAAAGGCCUUCGACGUACGAUGCAGAAUCGACACCGAACUCGAAGUGAAGUACUUCCAGAACGGCGGCAUUCUCCACUAUGUGUUGAGGAAUCUUACGAAGCAGCACUCCGGGGAAAACUGAAAGACAGACUGGCCCGAGCAGAUCUACUCCAGCGCGGAGAGGAAACGUCAGCCAGCGCAGGCGGUGCACCCCCGUUUGCAGAGGAACGAGCAAGAAGGAAAGAGAGACCACAGAAGAAAUACGGAACCUUCACAAGGUCGCGUUCGGAGGAUGCAUGCCCUCAGCGGCCCGUGCUCAAGAGAGAAACCAAAGGAGUUGUAGAGGUGUCGAUUUAAAGUAUUGUGGUGAACCAGACAUAAGUAUAAAUGUAUAUAUUUCUGCAUUUCAACAUAGAUAUAGAUAUGUGUAUCCAUACGUGUGUGUGAAUGGAAUUGUGUGUGAACACACAUGUGUGAGCAUGCGAGGGGGGGGGGUCGGUGUAAAACUGUCAGACGUAAAGGUUUCGCUUUGUGUUGUCUCCGCUUUGGAGAUGUCUCUCGUUUUUCUGUGUUUUUCGACCUUCUGUCGAGGAGACACCUGCUGAGAGGCAUAUCCCGUGUCUGCAUCACCUUUUCGUCGACCGUUCGACUUUCGCUUUCUCCCUGCUGCUCGUUCCCGCGUUUCUCUUCACUUUUGUGGCUUUCCUUUCCUCACUGGGCUGCCUUCUGCUCCUCGCAGAGAGAUGUUCGCAGCGAUCCGUUGCCUUCCCUCUGUUUCUCGUUUCUUUCUCCUGAUUUCCCUCUGGCUGCUCUGCGUCUCUCGGGCUCGCUCACCAGUGAAGCCAGCAGCAAAAAUCGAGAAGAAAACGCAGAGACCUGCACCACGCCCAGACCCCUGUCCCCG